AGCAGGACAGAUCUUUGAGGCCUCAUUGCUAAAACCUGUAACUUUUUGGGGGUGGGUGGUUAGGUAGGUGCUGCUGAGCACUGAACCCAGGGCCUAGGCAAGUGCUCUAUCAAUGAUCUACAUACCCUGUCUCUCCCCUGAUUUCCCUCUCCUUCUUCCCUCCUCUUCCACUCUCCUUCCUUUCCCCCAUCUCUCUUUUUCUCUCCUAGCCCCCUCUCUCCAGGGUCUAGCUUAACUGACCAUGCAGGCCUUGAUGGACCCCCUUGCCACCCCUAAAGCCUUUACCACCAGGUCCAGCUCCACUCAACUUUAAAAAAACACAGCGUAUAAAGGGCAUCCCUUUAAUUUCAGUGCUCAGUGGGCUGAAGCAGGUGGAUCUCUGUGAGUUCAAGCCCACUCCAGCUUACAUAGCAGGUUCCAGGCCAGGUCUGGAGCUAUGUAGUGAGACCCUGUUUGGAAAAAUAAAGUACAGUUAUCAUUAUUCCUACUCUGUUGUGCUAGAGAACACCAGAACUUAUUUCUUGUGUGAGUGUGUGUUCGUGUGUGGUGUGCAUACACGUGUGCCCAUGCCUGUGGAGGCUCAAGCUUGACAUUGUGGUAUCUUUCUUCAGUCACUCUCCAACUUCAGUUUUUCACAAAUUCGUGUGCAGAUUUAAGCAUAUGAAACAAUAAACUUAUUUAGCUUUCCAUUAACGCCUACACUCCACCUCUUAAAAAAUUGUUACAGCCAGGAGAGGUGGAACACGCCUUUAAUCCCAGAAACAGAGGCACAGGCAAGCAGAUCUCUGUGAGUUCAAAUUCAGUCCGAUCGACAUAGUGAGUUCCUCUGUGGACACGAACUUGGUUUCUAAGAUGCAAUGCCCAGGUUUUGCCAGGCUCCAGAAGCUGACCACCAGAUUCCAUGUUACAUCAGCAGGACGCACGUGAGAACACCGGGAAGACCCGACCUCAGGCACCAGGGAUGUCCUGGUCCUCAGAGUCGUUUCAGAUGUCCCGCCAUUCCGGAGCCAAUUGCAGUACAGCUGCUCCUUGCGGUUACAGCCAAUCAUCUGCCGCUGCGAUUGCUCACAGCGAGGUCGCUGAGGCAGCAGGUGGCCCGUAUUUUCGGAAGGCCUCUCCUCCCCACACACAUAGAAACGAACACCAACCCUUCUGACGCGGCCAUUGUAUUUAAGGGCAAAUGGGCCGCUGCGGGCCACGGAGGUCCGAAAGGCGCCAUAUUUGCCAAGCGGCAGAAAUGGCGCCUUAGUGCCGUCAAUGGCAACUGAAGCCAGGCCGUCGCCAUAUUUUCUAAAGGCAUCUUCCGGGUUCCUUCCCCCGAGCUGUGUCUCUGGGCGAGCGGCUGUGGAGUGAACUACGGGGCAUUACUAGUCUCCACCGGAGCCCUGCAGCCCUCAGCGGCCACAGGCGGCCCACUUUUUCCGCUCCCUGACCAAGGGGCGUGGCAAGGGCGUGGCAAGGGCGUGGUUUCCCGGGAAAGCCGAGGCCGGAAGCCGGAGGCUGGGGCGGCCAAGCCGCUGCCGGGGCAGGAGCCCCGAUGGCGCCACCCCCGGCCCCGCUGCUGGUGCCGAUGCCCGGGGAGAUCUGGCCUGGUUUCAGGAAGCCUGAGCUCGUGAGCUUCGCGGACGUGGCCGUGUACUUCUCCCCGCAGGAGUGGGGCUGCCUGCGGCCCGCGCAGAGAGCCCUGUACCGGGAGGUGAUGCGCGAGACCUACGGCCUCCUGGGCGCGCUCGGGUUCCCGGGCCCCAAACCAGCCCUCAUCUCUUGGAUGGAACAGGAGAGUGAGGCUUGGAGCCCCGCCGCCCAGGAUCCUGAGGAGGGGGAAAGCCUGGGAGGAGCUCCGAGAGGAGACACUUCAGAUAAGGAGGAGCAGGGCUGGAAGGAAGGAGCCGAGAGGCCUGCAGAGACUUCUGCUCAGUUGCAGUCUAAAGAGGUAGUUGAACAUAAGACUUGUUCCAUGGCUCCCAAGUCCUCUGCAGGGGUACAGCUACCUACCAGAGCUUCCUCAGGCCAGGUGGCAGGUGCACAGCCUCCUGCCCAGGUAUCCAGCACAGAUGUGCAGGACAGCCAGCGGCGCCAUGUGUGUGUGGACUGUGGGCGCCGCUUCACCUAUCCUUCGUUGCUGGUCAGCCACCGGCGCAUGCACUCGGGUGAGCGACCCUUCCCCUGCCCAGAAUGCGGCAUGCGGUUCAAGAGGAAGUUUGCCGUGGAAGCACACCAAUGGAUCCACCGUUCCUGCUCAGGGGGUCGCCGUGGCCGUAGGCCUGGCAUCCGGGCUGUGCCUGGAGCCCCAGUCCGAGGUGACCGGGAUCCACCAGUGCUCUUUCGGCACUAUCCAGACAUCUUUGAGGAGUGUGGGUGAGCUGAAUAGCUCCCUGCAUCUGGAGAAGAGCAUGAACUUGGCACUAAGAACUGACUUGAGUCAAGACUUAGGAAAUGAAAUACAUCACUUUGACUUUUCUCAAGGAUCCCUUGUAAACUUGUAAAAAGAAAAGUGCCUGUAAAGAUUCAUAUAGAUUAAACCUGACCCCUGCUCCCCUC